AUGAUAACAAAUGAUGAUCAUUUAAGUGAUUCGAUUCGAUUAUUUAUUUCAAAAUCAAUUCACUAUGUUAUCAUGGAUAGUCAACAAGCGAAUUUAAAAAUGCAAUCUAUUGCAUUUGCAGUUCCUGAUUCAUGUAAACAGGAACAAAUUUUAGCAGAAGAAAUAAUUGAAGAAAUAAUAAAUCAAAUUAAUGUAACAAAAUCUGUUUCAUUAAAAGUAUCAUUUGUUUUAUUACCAGAUCAACAAACAUUACAUGAUCAAUUUUUAAAUGCUAUUCCAACAGUACAAACAAUAAAAGAUAGUUUUUGA